UUCGGCCUUGAAGGGGCUCUUUUAUUGAGAAUCGAUGUCUUCUCCUAAGUAAUUGAUCACCGUAGACCCAGGGACACUUGACUCAUCGUCAGGGAGGGUAACCAUCAUGAAUAAUCAGAAAGCUGUGGCUGUGCUGCUGCACGAGUGCAAGCAAACGCUGGACCAGCUUCUGUCGGAGACGGCAGAUGUGUCCGAGGAGGACAAGAGCGAGGACCAGCGGUGCAGAGCUUCACUCCCCAGCGAAUUAAGGACCCUGAUCCAGGAGGCAAAGGAAAUGAAGUGGCCCUUCGUGCCUGAAAAGUGGCAGUACAAACAAGCCAUGGGCCCAGAGGACAAAACAAACCUGCAGGACGUGGUUGGCGCCGGGCUGCAGCAGUUGCUGGCGGCCCUGAGAGCCUCCAUCCGCGCCCGGGACGGCGCCACCGCCGCGGCCAUCGUCUUCCUGAGCGACCGCCUGCUGUACGGGCUCGACGCCUCCCGCCCGCUCCUGCGGGUCGCCAAGGGCCUCCACCGGCUGCAGCCCGCCGUGCCCAUCGCCCCGCAGGUGGUCAUUCGCCAGGCCCGCGUCUCCGUCAACGCAGGGAAACUUUUAAAAGCAGAGUAUAUCCUGAGCAGCCUAAUAAGCAACCAUGGAGCAACAGGUACCUGGCUGUACAGAAAUGAAAGUGACAAGGUCCUGGUGCAGUCAGUCUGCAUACAGAUCAGAGGGCAAAUUCUGCAAAAGCUGGGGAUGUGGUACGAAGCAGCAGAGCUAACAUGGGCCUCGAUCAUAGGAUAUUUGACACUUCCUCAUCCAGAUAAAAAGGGUAUCUCCACGUCACUAGGGAUCCUGGCAGACAUCUUUGUUUCCAUGAGCAAGAAAGAUUAUGAAAAGUUUAAAAGCAAUCCACAAAUUAACUUGGGCCUGCUGAAGGAGUUUGACCACCACUUGCUGUCAGCCGCAGAAGCCUGCAAGCUGGCAGCCGCCUUCAGUCCCUACACACCCCUCUUCGUGCUCACUGCUGUGAAUAUCCGUGGCUCGUGCUUGUUGUCAUACACUAGUUCUAAUGACUGUCCUCCAGGAAUGAAAAAUUUUUAUCUGUAUGAAGCCAAAGAGGCCUUUGAAAUUGGCCUCCUCACCAAGAGAUAUGGUGAGCCAGUUACUGGAAAACAGGAGCUUCAUAGUUUUCUCAAAGCUGCUUUCGGUCUCACCACAGUGCACCGAAGACUCCACGGGGAGACAGAGACGGUCCAUGCAGCUCGUCAGCUCUGUAGUGAAGCUAUGGGCAAGCUCUACACUUUCAGUACUUCCUCUGGAAGUCAGGAGAGAGAAGCUCUCUCUCAGGAAAUCAUGUCUGUUAUCACCCAGGUGAAGGAUCAUUUACAAGUUCAAAGCUUCUCAAAUUUAGAUGACAGGUCUUACGUUCCAGAGGGUUUCAAGUGUGGCCUGGAUAAACCCCUCUUGCAUGGGCAAGUGGAUUUCCAAAAAAUCCUUGAAACCUAUACACAGCAUCAUACUUCAGUGUGUGAAGUAUACGAAAGCACUUGUGGAAACAACAAAAAUAAACAGGAAGAUACAAAAGUAGGCAUCUGUAUCACUGCUCUAAAAACAGAAACAAAAAACAUAGAUACUGUGAGUACUACUGAAGACAAACCACAUUUUCAAAAAGGCAUUGGAACAUCUUCCUCCCAAAUGGCUAAGAAUGGUCAGGAGAGAAUCAGGAGGGUAGGAAGGAGAAACUGGACACAUUCUGCUGCUUUUCGAGUCUCCUUGGACCAAGAUGCUGAGACUGAGGCUGAGUCACUAGAGCACAGCGAUGGUGGGGGAGCUAUUUUGAACAAGUCUCUGAGUGACAGCCAGAGUUCCAGUUCUUGGAGCAAGUUAUCAGGGUUUAGUUCUUCUGCAAGCUGGGUGGAAGUGAAUUAUCAUGCUGAUGAUAGGUCAGCCAGAAAAGAACCUAGCAAAGAACAUCUUGUGGACACUCAGUGUUCCACCGCCCUGUCUGAACAGCUGGAGAUCAUUGGGGAAAGCAGAGAUGUGCACUCCUUGUCUUCAGAGAUGCAUGGUCUCUCUCUCCAGGUGUCCAAGGAUGACAAUUUAGAGUCUUCUCAAAGUCAACUCCACAAACACGUGCCCUUGACAUCCUUCCCUCCUCAUAGCACAACAGGCACUUUCUUGGCCUCUUGUGCAGGGCUGUUAGAAGGAGCUCCAGAAGGUAUGCAGGAAGUCAGAAAUAUGGGAUCCAGAAAUACUUCUGCUCAUUCCAGACCCUCAUCUGGUUCUGCUUCUUGGUCUUCUUCUGAUUCUGGUUGGCCCAAGAGUAUGGCCACAUAUCCUUCGAUCCAAGAAGAAGAAACCUUUGAAAUAAUUGAUGAGUUUCCAGAAAUUAACUGUGAUGCCAAACACAGGCAUGGAGAAGAGAAAGGAGAAAAAAUCAAAAGAGGCACAGGCCCUACAUUUAAAGAUAGCCCCUCCUGGGUUGACCCAGAAGGAGAAACAGCAGAGACAGCAGAGGUUAUACCCUUAGACUCUCACGUGGCCGUGGAUGAUUCUCUGGGCAAAAGUUCCCUGAUGGCCUGCAGCUCUUUCGCUCCUCACUGGCCUGUUCAACAUCCUGACUCAGGAAAAAGCGGUGGCUCAGUCAGAGAGCAGGGCAUCGACCCUGAUGCCUCCACGGUGGAUGAGGAGGGUCAACUGCUCGACAGCACAGAUGUCCACCCCACAAGUAGACAUGGCUCUCACAGACUAGGUGCUCUGAGGCAGCAGCAUAGUCAGGGGGCUGAGACCCCCAAUUCCUCUGUAAGCAGCAACAUUCCCUUCCCUGUGUUCAGCGAGGACUGCGCUACCACAGAGGAAGGAAAGGAACCUGGAAACGUGCUCAACUGCAGCCAGAACUCCAGCUCGUCCUCGGCAUGGUGGUUGAAAUCACCUGUAUUUUCCAGUGGUUCUUCUGAGGGCGAAAGCCCAUGGUCCUUUCUGAAUUCCAGUGGAAGCUCUUUUGUUUCAUUGCCAGGAAUGACAAGGCAAGAGAUUCUUGAGGCUCGUACCCUGCAGCCUGAAGACUUUGAAAAACUCUUGGCAGGGGUGAGGCAUGACUGGCUGUUGCAGAGACUGGAGAAUACAGGAGUUUUUAAGCCCAGUCAACUCCACCGAGCACACAAUGCUCUUUUGUUAAAAUAUUCUAAGAAAUCUGAAUUGUGGACAGCCCAGGAAACUGCUGUGUAUUUGGGAGACUACCUAAAUGUGAAGAAGAAAGGCAGACAGAGAAAUGCUUUCUGGGUUCAGUAUCUUCAUCAAGAAGAAACACUGGGGAGAUAUGUUGGGAAAGAAUAUAAGGAGCCGAAGGGACUCUGGCACCACUUCACCGAUGUGGAGAGGCAGAUGACUGCCCAGCACUACGUGACAGAAUUUAACAAAAGACUCUAUGAACAAAAGAUUCCGACACAGAUAUUCUACAUCCCAUCCACAUUAUUACUGAUUUUAGAGGGCAAGACAAUACAGGGGUGUGUCAGUGUGGAACCUUACAUACUGGGAGAAUUCGUAAAAUUAUCAAAUAAUACGAAAGUGGUGAAAACAGAAUACAAAGCCACAGAAUAUGGCUUGGCUUACGGCCAUUUUUCUUAUGAGUUUUCCAACCAUAGAGAUGUUGUGGUCGAUUUACAAGGUUGGGUGACUGGUAAUGGAAAAGGGCUCAUCUACCUCACAGAUCCCCAGAUUCACUCUGUUGGUCAGCAAGAUGUCACUACUAAUUUUGGAAAGAGAGGAAUUUUUUACUUCUUUAACAACCAGCAUGUGGAAUGUAAUGAAAUAUGCCAUCGUCUUUCUUUGACAAGACCUUCAAUUGAGAAACCAAGUAAGUCACAGACCUUCUAGGGUGGUAAAGCGACAGCCUCGGUGCUGCUCACCGAUGCCGGGUUCUCCUCACCUUCCAGGCACACAGAUCGUGUCACCUGGUCCCUUUGGGCUUAGGCAGGGCCAUGGGACUGGUUCUGGCCAGUGGCUUGGGAGAGGAAUUGAGAACCACUUUCAGGCCCAUAUUUAAUUGCCAGUGCAGGACCCCGCAGAGUCUCUCCCUCUGCCACCGUUACCAAGACCACAUCGGGGGGUAGCUGCCCAUCAUAAGUCCUGCAGUGAGGAUAACACGGAAAAGAGCCCCAUGACUCACAGUGGACAUAAAGACCAUGAGAAAUAGACUUCUGUGGCUUAAGCCGUUGAGA